UAGGUAAUUGGCGACUUUAUCUAUCUUCUGAAAGGUAUUAGUUGAAGCAGUGCAUAUUUUUAUAAGUAAGAGCCAAUUAGAGUCGGCUUUCAGUCUUUGUUCCGUCAAUCUAGCUGAGUGAUUGUUGUUUUAUUCUUUUGUGGUUAACUUAUAUUAAUUUUACUAAAAUGGUUAAAGCCUGGUACAUGGAUAAUGAACCAACUGACCAACGUUUGGAACAUCAUCUUAAUCCUAAAGUUUUUCUUGAACUUGAUGAAUUAUUAAAGAAAACAGGAGUUGAAUAUUUUCAGAUUGAUGCCGAUAAUUACAAAAACGAUGCUCUUUUGGCUGAUAUCAGAAAAAAGAGAAACUAUUCCUACGAAGAUGAGAUCAAUUGCUCUAAAGAAUGUUUGCCCGAUUAUGAAAACAAGUUGAAGUCAUUCUUUACUGAACAUUUACAUACAGACGAAGAGAUUCGUUUUGUUAUUGAUGGAUCCGGUUAUUUCGAUGUCAGAGAUGAUUAUGAAAAAUGGAUUCGAAUUGCUGUUUCAAAAGGGGAUAUGAUUGUAAUUCCAGCUGGAAUCUAUCACCGUUUUACCUUGGAUGUAAAUAAUUAUAUAAAAGCAAAGCGAUACUUUGUUGGAGAACCUGUCUGGUUGCCAUACAAUAGACCAGCCGAUGAAAUGGAAUGCAGGAAAGCAUAUUUGCAACAACAGGCAAAUGGUUUUGCCCAAUUAGGCAAAGCCUAAAUAAGCAAAUUUUUAUUU